UUUUCCAGUAUUGUUGUUUGCGUUGUGCUAUCCGGUUGUGCGGUGCUGCGGAAAUUCGAAAUUAUAUCGAAAUCUUAAAUAAUUGUUUAACGUUAAUUUCGUAUUGUGAUAUUUUAAUAGUGUAAUAUUUUCAAAUGCUUAUUUAGUGAUUAACUUACAUAUAUUUAUAUGUAGUUGUAUGUGUUAUAAAGUCCAUAUCGAAACAUACAAACUUCAGUAAUUCAACGCAUUUUUUGAGUUAAAAAAUUGAACAGUCUGGCAGACAAGCUACUGAUAUGCUAUCAAAUAUUGGAUUUAUAGAAAAAUGUCGAUGGCGACUGAAAGCCUACGAACACAAAUACCAACAAAAUCGACAUACAACCGACGAAACGUCAAUUGUGGAAACUGAGUAUGGAAAAGUAGAAGGCGUUAAACGCUUAACUAUUUACGAGGAGCCAUACUAUAGCUUCGAGGGCAUACCGUACGCGCAACCACCUGUAGGUGAGCUGCGCUUUAGAGCACCACAACGACCCAUACCAUGGGAGGGUGUAAGGGAUUGCAAAAGCACCAAAGACAUGGCUGUGCAAACACAUGUGAUAACCGGCACAAUGGAAGGCGCCGAAGAUUGCCUCUACCUCAAUGUGUAUACGAAUAAUACACAACCCGAUAAGCGGCGACCAGUCAUGAUUUGGAUACACGGCGGUGGACUCUGCACUGGCGAGGCUACACGUGAAUGGUAUGGACCCGAUUAUUUCAUGCAAAAAGAUAUUGUGCUCGUGACAAUACAAUAUCGACUGGGUGCGUUGGGCUUUCUUACGCUCGAUACACCCGAAUGUAAUGUUCCUGGCAACGCUGGUCUUAAGGACCAAGUACUUGCUAUAAAAUGGGUUAAAAAUAAUUGUGCAAGUUUCGGUGGUAAUCCUGACUGCAUAACAGUUUUUGGUGAAAGCGCUGGCGCUACCGCCGCACACUGUAUGAUGCUAACUCCACAGACACAAGGACUCUUUCAUCGCGUAAUUUUAAUGUCGGGCACUGCCUUACCGCUGUGGGAGACAGAUGAACAGAAAUAUCGCGCUUUCAAUUUGGCGAAAUUAGCUGGCUAUAAGGGUGUAGAUAACGAUAAGCAUGUGCUUGCAUUUUUACGAAAAUGUAAAGCGAAAGAUCUGAUAGCGCUGGAAAGUCGUACGCUAUCGGCAGAUGAUCGUGCGCAUAAUAUAUCGACGCCCUUUGUCUACUGUGUGGAGCCGUAUGUAACGCCUGAAUGUGUGAUAGUCAAGCCCAUAAGAGAAAUGAUGAAGACUGCAUGGGGCAAUGCGAUACCGAUGCUGGUCGGUCAUACGUCAGAUGAGGGACUGAUCUUCAUGCAGGCCGCCAAGCUCUUGGCCAGCGCUGCACAAAAGCAGAAAUGUUAUUCGCUGAAAUCCUUUAUCCCUUACGAGGUAGCUGAUAAUGAAGAAAGUGAGAAAUUUGAGCAAAAAUUGCGAACGGCGCAUGUGAGUGGCAAAACACCUACCGUCGAGGAAUAUAAAAAUAUUAUCGCCUACUCGUACCUGCACUUUCCGCUCUAUCGUCUCAUACUUUCACGCCUAUCACAUGCCGCCGGUGCGCCGCUUUAUCUAUACCGCUUCGACUUUGACUCCGAAGCGUUACCGCAUCCUUAUCGUAUAUUUCGGAUGGGGCGUGGUUUAAAGGGAGUGGCGCACGGUGAUGAACUGUCGUAUAUUUUUUCAAAUCUUUACUCGCAACGCAUGCCAAAGGAAAGUGGUGAAUAUAAGACGAUUAAUCGUAUGAUCUGUUUUUGGACACAAUUUGCGCGCAGUGGCAACCCAAAUGACGAAGAGAUACCUGGCAUGGCAACGCUGACAUGGGAGCCCUUGAAAAAGAGUGAACCAAAAUUAAAUUCUUUAAAUAUAAGCGACGAUUUGAAAUUUAUAGAAUGGCCAGAGUUGCCGAAGGCGAAAUUGUGGGCGAGCGCGUAUGACAAGCACACAGAGUUGUUAUACUGAAGUGAAGCAAAGUAUUUGAUUAAAUAUAAUUCAGACACCAGUUUGAAUGCAAAAUAAGUCACUUGUUUGUAAUUAAAUAUUUAUUUAAACUAUUGAAAUAUGAUACAAAUUAUAUAGUACAAUUAUAUAUUUUGUUGAUUAUCCAAUUGUUGUUUGAUUAGACGAAAAUUCAUCAUACUUGUAUAAGUGUAUAUAUGUAUAUAAUAAUUUGUAUAAAAUUUUAGAAUUU